AGUAUUCGGACCCAGCACAACUCCGCCCGCGCCGGCGGCGGCGUCCGAGAAAUACAUGGGGCACCGGCACGACGGAACAGCGGCGAGGACCGAGGACCCGGCGGCGUUUAAGUGCCUGCCACCCGCUCGCACGCCUCUCGACGCGAACAACCCGAUCUCUUCACGCGAUCGUGUUCCGCACGCCGCCGCCGCUAAUGCCUACCAUGAGCAAGCUCGCCGCCGCCGGCGGGGGGCCGCCAGGCUGGGCCGACCUCCCGCGCGACCUCCUCGUGUCCGUCCUCGACCGCCUCCCCGUGCCGGACCGCCUCCGCUUCCCCGCCGUCUGCGCCGCGUGGCAGUCGGCCGCGGCCGCUGCCGGCAGCGCCGCCGCGCCGCUGUCCCCGUGGCUCAUGCUCCCCUUCAACCCGACCGCGCGGAGAGGCGGUGGCGACGCCAGGUUCUCGGAGGCGCGGUUCCUGAGCCUGGCGGAGGGCAGGGCGUACGCCAUCCGGCAGCCGGCGCCCGCCGCCUCGGACCGCGUCUGCGUCGGCUCGUCGCCCGACGGGUGGCUCGUCACCGCCGACGCCUGCUCGGAGCUGCAGCUCCUGAACCCGGUCACCGGCGCGCAGGUCCGGCUGCCGUCCGUCGCCACGCUCCCGUUCGUCGGCGCCAGCCACGGCGCGGACGGCCGCGUCGUGAGCUACGACCUCCGGUGCUGCUUCGCCGACGAGGGCGGCUGCGACGGCGAGGUGCUGAUACCGCCGGAGACGCUCGCGCCGGACAGGCUCCGGUACGAGGUCUACGAGAAGGCCGUCCUCGUGGCCGCGCCGCGGAGGAUCGCGCCGUCGGGGUGCUGGGGCGGCUACGCCGUGCUGCUCAUCUGCCAGCCCCUGUCCCGUCUCGCCGUCGCCCGGGCAGGGGACACGGAGUGGACUCUGCUCGGCACGCCGGCGCGCUGCUGGGUCGACGCCGCCGUGCGCGCGUCCUCCGAGGACGGAGCCGACGGGCGGCAGCGUCGUCAAGCGGUGUACACGAUGGACGCCGCGGGGUGCGUCGAGGCGUGGGACAUGGACGCGACGCCGGCGGCGGCGUCCCGGGCGAUCGCGCCGCCGUGCUGCUGCUCUGCCCGCGCGUGCGCCAUGUCGGCGGCGAGCCGCAGGUACCUCGUGGAGCUCGCGCCGGGGCACCUGCUCCAGGUGCACCGGCUGUGCGGCGCGGCGCACGCGCGGCACACCUGGGAGCCCCGGCCGGAGCGCGUCGAGUACACGACCACCGGCGUCGAGCUCUUCGAGUGGAAGGCCGGCGCCGCCGCUGAAGCACGGGACCACGACCACCUUCCCCGGUGGACGCGGGUGGACGGCAAGAGCAGCAGCCGCGUCCUGGGCGGGCGCGCGCUGUUCCUGGGGAAGAACACGUCGCUGUGCGUCCCCGUGGACGGCGGCGGCGGCGGGUUGAGGGGCAACUGCGUGUACUUCACCGACGACGGGCCGUGGUCGCACGAGCGGUGCCACGAGGUGGCGCCGGACGUCGGCGUGCUGGAUCUCGCCGUCGGGAGCUACCGGCCGCCGCCGGGCGGCGCGGCGCGGGACCUGCUCUGGAAGUGGCCGCCCCCGGUGUGGGUGUUCCCUUCGCUCGCCGACUGAUCGACGACCCGAUCCCAAUCUUGGAAGGUUCCAUGACAAAUCCAUUUUUUUUUCAAUCAGCUUCCGUGGUUCAGGAACAGCGGCUCAGCCUGUCGUUGACCUGCUGCUACCUGUGUGCGUGCGUAUGACAGCUGGUGUGCUUGUAAAAAUGGUGAGUUGAAUAAGAAGGCGUGUGAGUGACAGAGGGCAACCUCUCGUUGACCUCGUGCAGCGACAUGCUGCUGGCCGUAGAAAAUCGGUCAAGCUCAUUCUGUACUUCCCUUUCCCUGCAGAAAAAUAGAUACAAAGCAAUAGAAGAGUA